GCCAACCACACUUCCGCCUACUACCGGAAGUAGAUUCUCAGUCAGUUGGCGCUCUGUUUCUGUCACCGUUGUAAUAGAAGAAGGAAGAGGAAGAAUCGACCACCUCAGAACACUAAACCCAUUUUAAAGAUGGCAGAAACAGAUGUAGACAAUGAACUUCUGGACUACGAGGAUGAUGAAGUGGACAACCAAGCUACAGGUGAUGCACCAGACAUUACUCCUAAGAAGGAGAUGAAGGGAUCCUAUGUGUCCAUCCACAGCUCUGGUUUCAGAGAUUUCCUUCUCAAACCUGAGCUACUGCGUGCCAUCGUGGACUGUGGCUUUGAACACCCAUCUGAAGUGCAACAUGAGUGUAUACCGCAAGCCAUUCUAGGGAUGGACAUUCUGUGCCAAGCAAAGUCUGGUAUGGGUAAAACAGCAGUGUUUGUGUUGGCAACGUUGCAACAAUUGGAGCCUAUAACUGGACAGGUCUCUGUACUGGUUAUGUGUCACACCAGAGAGCUGGCUUUCCAAAUCAGUAAAGAAUAUGAACGGUUCUCCAAGUAUAUGCCGUCCGUUAAGGUGGCAGUGUUUUUUGGUGGACUCCCUAUUAAGAAGGAUGAGGAGGUGCUGAAGAAGAGUUGCCCACACAUUGUGGUGGGAACCCCAGGUCGCAUCUUAGCACUGGCGAGGAACAAGACCCUUAACCUUAAGCACAUCAAACACUUUAUCCUGGACGAGUGUGACAAAAUGUUAGAGCAGCUAGAUAUGCGCAGAGACGUCCAAGAAAUUUUCCGUAUGACACCGCAUGAGAAGCAGGUCAUGAUGUUUAGCGCCACUUUGAGCAAGGAGAUACGUCCGGUGUGCCGCAAGUUUAUGCAAGAUCCUAUGGAAAUCUUCGUUGAUGAUGAGACCAAGCUGACACUUCAUGGGCUUCAGCAAUAUUACGUCAAACUCAAGGACAACGAGAAAAAUCGCAAGCUUUUCGACCUCCUAGACUUACUGGAGUUCAACCAGGUAGUAAUCUUUGUCAAAUCUGUACAACGCUGUAUCGCUCUCGCUCAGUUAUUGGUUGAACAGAAUUUCCCAGCAAUUGCUAUUCACCGUGGGAUGUCACAGGAAGAAAGGCUGUCUCGGUACCAGCAGUUUAAAGAUUUCCAGCGAAGGAUCUUAGUAGCCACCAAUCUGUUUGGCCGCGGAAUGGAUAUUGAGAGAGUGAACAUUGCAUUCAACUAUGACAUGCCAGAAGAUUCUGACACCUACUUGCAUAGGGUUGCUCGAGCUGGCAGAUUUGGCACCAAAGGUUUGGCUAUCACAUUUGUGUCUGAUGAAGGAGAUGCUAAAAUACUCAAUGAGGUACAGGAUCGGUUUGAAGUGAACAUCAGCGAGCUUCCAGAUGAGAUUGAUAUCUCCUCCUACAUUGAACAGACCCGAUGAGCCGUGACCUUUUACACAGUUGCACGUCCCUGCGUCAGAAGCCCCCCACAGCCAGUUUUGGGGGAAUCAACACCAGCCAAUUGGUUUGAAGAAGCUUGGCUCCUAAAUCUGCAGAAAGUCAACUUCAGUGUAUCAAACAAUGAGCAUUAUAGCCUCCAGUUGGGCAUUGAAGCGGAGCAACAGCAAAGUGUUACUUUUGUUAAUUUAUCCAUAAAAGAACAGGGCAUUGCUAUGUUCUUUAUUGGUCCCAUCACUCACGAACAGACCAUCAUUGCUCAUCCAGAUUUCCUAAAUGAACUUGCCCAAAAAUUGUGAUUCAUUUGUUUACAAAAUAAAAAAAACAUAGCAGAGUUUGAUAAAGUACUCUGCAGGUUACUUGUAAAGUGUAUUUGCUUUUAAGUUUUGUUUUUUAAUGGUGUCCUGUUAGGAAUACUUUUUUUGUUUAUUGACCACCUUUCAUGACUGGUACUGUCACCACGUAGUAUUUGUGACUUCUUACACCAGGAUUGUCACAAGAAAUUAAAAAAAAUAUAAAAACA